AUGAAUGCCCUGGAUUGUGUCCCCUUUAAGGUGACGAAGGGCCUUGUGAUAGACACAGAGCCGCUCCCUGGGCCAGAGCUCAGCGUCCCAGCCUGCAGGGAGCUUCUGCUGGGUUCCAUGCACGACUUCAGCCUGGAGAGGAAGGCACUCUUUUGGGUGGAAGCCGCCGUCCGUGGACCCUACCUGUGCCAAUGCAGUGGCCCAGGAAUAGCGUCAGCCCCACCCGCGUGGCUGUUGCUGGUCAGCCCCGAGUACAGGCCAGUGCCUGAGCCUGCUGCAGCCCAAAGCCCAGAGACUGGAUCCCAGGAGCAUUCCGAGGAAGAGGAGGAGAAGAAGGAUGAAGAAGCUUCCUCUACCAGCGACGAGGAGCCGGACCCCUGCGGUCCCCAGCCCAGCUCCCCGGCCAGCCCCGGGCCGGGCCAUCGCCUGUGCUCCCUGGACGUGCUGCGCGAGGUGAGGUCGGAGCUGGCUGGUGCUCGGCGGCGGCUCUCAGAGGGAAGGCUGGCCGCAGGCACCCGCGCCCUCUUGCACCGCUUCCGUGGCCACCGCGCGCUAAGCCUCUGCCCGAGCCCCGCGCCGCCCCUGGGCCCCGCGCCCCAGCCGCCCAGCGCCCCCGCACCGCUCCCGCGGCCCUCCACGGCCGGCGCCAUGCCCCCACUCAGGAGCCACAAGCCCACAGUCCCGUCCCUCAGCCCAUACACCUGCCUGCCACCCCCUGGGAAGAUGCCCCAGCCUCUCAGCUCCCACUGUUCACACUCUGAUUCUACGGCUGACCUACUGUCUGCCCUGAGUCAGGAGGAACAAGACCUCAUCGGACCUGUGGUUGCUCUGGGGUAUCCCCUGCAUAGGGCCAUCAUGGCUCUGCAGAAGACGGGGAGGCAGAGCCUGAGCCAGUUUCUCAGCUACCUCAGCGCCUGUGACCGGCUGCUGCGACAGGGCUAUGAGGAGGCUCUGGUGGAGGAAGCCAUGGAGAUGUUCCAGUUCUCUGAGAGCCAGGCCGGGGAGUUCCUGCGGCUCUGGGAGCAGUUCAGUGACAUGGGCUUCCAGCCGGACCGGAUCAAGGAGGUGCUGCUGGUCCAUGGCAACCACCGCGAGCAAGCCCUGGAGGAGCUGGUGGCCUGCGCCCAGUGA